UGUGUUAGACUCCAUUUACAUACAGCACCACUUUACUGUGGUUCUGAACAUUUGAGUGUGUAAUAAACCGACCGACAUCUAAGCUACGCGCUCAAUAUCAUGUCUACCGAUUACUUUUCGGAUCAGGAGACCUUCCUUACCAACCACCCUCUCCCCACACCCGUUGGAACGCCAUACAGCUCCUUGUCCCGGACGACGUCGAGAUACGACACCACUCCAGGAAGCGACAUUCCUAGUUCACCGCCUCCUUUCCCGCCAGAUCAUAGUUUCAGUUCCGAAGAUGCUGCCAACGACGAGAACAUCUCGGUGUUGGACCCACGCCGCUUUACUCCAACCUUGCAUGCGAACCUGGUUUCAGAGAUCUUGAACCUCCGUCGGGAGCUAGAUUCGAAACAUAAGUUCAUCGACGACCUAGAGACCAGUCUGCAUACGGCGCGCACCGACAACGACGCUCUUGCAAAACAGCUAUCAUCAACCACCAAGGAAAGCAAGACAGCCAAACGCCAGCUUCAGCACUUUGAGACCGAAACACUCGCUGCACUAGAAGAGAUUGCAGGUGAAAGAGACAAGUUCAAGGAAACCAACGCCGACCUACGGGAGAAGCUAGCAGCAGCAGAAAAGAGAACACGAAGCCAAGAUGAUGACUCUACCAAGGUGCACGAUAUGUGGGCUCGGGAAAAAGAAGAGUGGGCGGGGGAAAAACGAAUGCUGGAGCGACGUGUUCAUGUGUCAGAAACCCGGUUAAAGAUGCUUUUGGAUGAGAUCGCUAUACACGAGGCUGCCAAUGAGGACGCUGGUGCCGAGAGCGAGGCAGACGAUCCAAGCCGGGAUACUGGAAUACCAGAGAGUGACGCAGGAAGCGUACAAUCGUCACCUCGGCGAAGACCAUCCACUCGCCUUGCACGCCAUUCAAGAAAUCGAAGCAGCAGCAGCUACAAGAGUAUUGGACGCAACUACCGGAUGUCUUUGAUGAGCUCUGAUGGACACUUCCGAGGCAAUGGUAUGAGCCUAGCAGACGAGCUUAUAUUCGACGAAGAGGAGGAGGAGCUGGACGAACUAGAGCUCGAUUCGGAUGAUUUCCCUGAAAAUGAAAUGCGGGCAAGAAGAGCACGCGAAUCCCGAAUGUCGAUGUUACCAGACGAAAAAGCAAAGCGCAUCCUAGGAUUGAGUAAUGAUACCCAACAGGGUAUCCGGGAUAGCCCUGUCAUGACAGCCGAUGAUACCGAGCCGCGGAAGUCGUCGUAUGAAACAGUACAGUCAUCUGUAACACUGACGCCUCGCGAUAUCACUCUAGUAUUCCCGCCAACACGUCCUAUCUAUGUUGACACCGGUGUACAACCAUCGCCACCGCCUUCGCCUACGAAGCUUGUCAUGGUCGAAGCGGCAUCGCAGACGAUUGAGCCAUCCGUGCCGAUGAAGUCGGGUGAAUUCUCGUCUACCGCUGCUGAGAUUGAGGCGAACCAGAGCCGAAAGCGUGUUUCAGUGCCCUUGGCUUCUAGUCCACCACGCCAAAUCAGUCCUGAAAUUUACACUACGACGUCAAGCUCGGUACAAACCGUUGAGCCGCUUAGCCCGCCGCCUACUCCCAGGAUUCCUAUGCCUGCAGAAAAAGCAACUCUGUCACCGGUCGUACAGACCGAGGUCGUAUCUACAGCCACACAAACAGACUCUAUGGUCGAGCCUGAGGCCGUGGCUGAGACGCCUAAGAAGUCUCCGCUACCGACCCCGAUUACAAUCCCUUCGAUUGCCAUCCAUGCUCCUACAUCCGCUCCUUCAUCGCCGAAAGCCCCUAUCCUUCCUCCAGGCACUAAGACCAUAUCAACUCAGACAAGCGGCGAUCUUGUAGCUCCAAUGCGCUCAACUUCGAUGCAGACUGAACCAAUCAGAAUCGACCAGAGAGCUAUCAAGCUUCCUGCGCAUCUUCUUCCUUCUGCCAUCUCUUCCAAGCCUGGAACGCCUGAGGCUGACAGCAAGGUCGUCAAGAAGGACUUUUCGAGCGAUACAGAGCACUCUGCUCUCAAGUCGACCACUCGUCAAGAUUUCAUUGCUCGUCUCGAGAAGGCCGGUGAGAAGAAGAUUGAGAACCGUUACCCCGGAAACAAUGACAAUGGACCUUUGUCGCGCCAGCUUCAUUCAGACAUACUGAGUCGACCUUUCCGAACAAGCAGUCUCUUCGCUGGGUUCGAUGGUCCAUCAUCUGACGAAGAGGACGAUGAUGCUGAUCUGAGUGACGAUGACUACAGGAGCCUACAGUACUCUACUCCGAUGCUGUCGUCACGUAAUGCAAAGAGUGGACGACCAGUGAACCCGCCCACGCCUGUUCCAGAAGACAAGGAGACUACACCUAUGUCCAGGCCAUCUGUUGACUCUGUUAACAGCGUUUCAUUGGCGUCCAAGCGUAGCUCGAUGGAGAAGCCUUCGAGGGUUGGAAAAGCACAGCGCAACUCGAUCAGUCGCCAGCCCAGCAUCCGACGAUCUGCCAUGAUCCAGAGUGGCACCGCAGCUCACAGCCGCUCUCGUAGCCCCAGUAUUGGAAGUCUAGGUUCUGGUAAUCACAUCCCGAAGCCACCCUUUCCAGUGCCUACUCGAUCCAGCUCGCGCAACAAGCCAUUGAGCAAGAGCGAAGGCUCGCAGAGCCCAACCCCUCGCAACAGUGGCUCGUAUGCCGGCCGCCGUCCGUAUGGCGUGAAGCAUCAGCGGAAAGACAGUCUACGCAAGGUACGAUCUGCUGCUCCUGUAGCAAAGGGCGCACGCUCUCGCAGCAGAUCGCCCACAAUGCCUGCGACUCCAAGCAACGCCGACACAGAUUCAAUUCCUCCGCUACCCAGCGACAUUGUGAGCGCGAGCGGCUUCCGCCACCGACACCAACUAUCGACAGCCACUGCAGCAACUGGUUUCACAGCCAAUGGGUCCGCCAACGGGUCCACCAACAGCGCAGUAUCGCACACUAGUGUGGUCGAUGCGAUUGCUGCAGCCAUGAUUGGAGAAUUCAUGUGGAAAUACGUUCGUAAGAGGAAGGCAUUUGGUGGCCCUGACACGCCUGCAGACGUCAGUCGCGCCGCAGAAGAGGCUUCAUUGGCCAACCAUGGUGUAAGGCAUAAGCGCUGGGUCUGGAUUUCGCCAUACGAAAGAGCCAUUCUGUGGAGUAGUAAGCAGCCAACCACUGGCUCUGCGUUGAUGGGGAAGAGUGGUCGCAAACUCGUCAUUCAGUCUGUUCUCGAUGUCGCCGACAACUGCCCUCCUCCCAAGAACGAAACACUCUUCAACCGCUCCAUUCUUAUCCUUACCCCUGCUCGUGCACUCAAGUUCACUACCUCCACACGCGAAAGGCACUACCUGUGGCUGACAGCACUUUCCUUCCUCGCUCACUCGAGCGCACCGAUGCCAGAUCUUGGCUCUCUGCCACCUGUACCACCGCCAGUCGAUGAACCACAACGCCAGCAGGGCGCAACACUCCGCCGCAGCCGCGUUCAGGAUUCUGUGCGCCUUGCUAAGGGUAGGACCAAUCCGGUCAUGGCUCGCUAUGCAUCUCAGGAUGAACCAAUGCCUAGUCUACCUUCUCUUGCUGGGUUUGAAAGCGCUAUGCCAGACGCUGCUAGCCCUCCGGUCAUUCCCCGUGGUCCUCAACACGGUAGGAAGAGAAGCUCUACUGGACCCAGCGCACCUCCACCAAGUGUCCCGUUCCGCAGUUUCUCACAUCAGCACGUACCCUCCGUAUACUCAAACGGCUCUUCCGACAUGUACAGCGCUGGCGUACCACCGUCCGUGCCUUCUUCGGUCUACAACCCCAACAGCGGUGCUAUGAGUUCUCGAACAUCAGAGGCCAGCACGUCUACUCGUCAACACUUUUUUGACACCAUGGGCACCGUUCGCAUGGAAGCUUUCAUCGACAACGCUCUUGGUGACCCAAAGCAAUUGAGCAGCUACGGCGGGCGAGCACCGCACAUGCAGCACCGUCGUCGUCGUGGCAGCAGCCAGUGGAGCGCCAGCACACGUGACCAGUCUAAUCGUGGCGGCGGUCUCUUCGACUUCGACUCGAACGAUCCUUUCCGUGGCUUCUAAAGCAAUUCACUGCGCUUACGACUCGCUCAUGUGUGACGGGUAUGCUUUACGGUCGAUCGGUUGUCUUCUGUCGUGCGUUGCUCUGUUUGUCUUCGGGUUGUUUCCCAUCGCUCACUUGUAUCUUCUCACAUCUUUCCUACCA